GAGGCCGCGGCGCGGGCAGUGGGCAAGCGCUGGGGGCGCUGGUGUGCCCGCUGCUGCGCCCGCUGCUGCGUUUGCUUGCCGGCAGCUCCGCCCGCUGCGGCGAAUGCGGCUCGGACCCGGGCCGUGGCGGGAGCGAAGAUGCCACAGCCCGAGUCCCGAAAGGCCGGGGUCCUGCGCUGCCGGCGUCGGGGAAACUGAAAAUGGGCCUUCAGCUAUGCUAGGUCUAUAAUGGGAAGUGUCACAGUUCGAUAUUUCUGUUAUGGAUGCCUUUUUACAUCUGCAGCCUGGACAGUUUUGCUUUUUGUUUAUUUCAACUUCAGUGAAGUGACUCAGCCACUUAAGAAUGUGCCCAUCAAGGGGUCUGGGCCCCAUGGACCAUUCCCCAAAAAAUUUUAUCCCCGUUUCACUCGAGGUCCAAGUCAAGCGUUAGAAUCACAGUUCAAAGCAAACAAAAUUGAUGAUCUGAUAGAGAAUCAUAUUGAAGAUCCAGAAAGAGGCAACAUGAAAUUCUCUUCUGAACUCGGUAUGAUUUUUAAUGAACGUGAUCAGGAGUUGAGAGACUUGGGGUAUCAGAAACAUGCCUUCAAUAUGCUUAUUAGUAACCGCUUGGGCUACCAUAGAGAUGUGCCAGAUACAAGGAAUGCAGCAUGUAAAGACAGGUCUUACCCGACGGAUCUACCAGUCGCUAGUGUUGUUAUUUGUUUCUACAACGAAGCCUUUUCUGCCUUGCUCCGGACCGUGCACAGCGUCCUAGACCGCACGCCAGCCCGGCUUCUUCACGAAAUUAUCCUCGUGGAUGAUGACAGUGACUUCGACGAUGUGAAAGGAGAACUAGAUGAAUACAUCCAAAAAUACCUCCCUGGAAAGAUUAAAGUAAUAAGAAAUACAAAACGUGAGGGAUUGAUUCGAGGAAGAAUGAUUGGAGCAGCCCACGCAACAGGAGAAGUCCUGGUGUUCCUGGACAGCCACUGUGAGGUGAAUGUGAUGUGGCUGCAGCCCCUGCUGGCUGCCAUCCGGGAGGACCGGCAAAUGGUGGUGUGCCCGGUGAUCGACAUCAUCAGCGCUGACACGCUGGCCUACAGCUCGUCCCCUGUGGUGCGGGGAGGAUUCAACUGGGGGCUGCACUUCAAAUGGGACCUCGUUCCCCUUUCUGAGCUCGGAGGAACAGACGGAGCUACUGCACCAAUAAAGUCACCUACAAUGGCUGGAGGAUUGUUUGCCAUGAACAGAAACUAUUUCAGUGAACUUGGACAGUAUGACAGUGGCAUGGAUAUCUGGGGAGGAGAAAAUUUAGAAAUAUCAUUUCGGAUUUGGAUGUGUGGAGGUAAGCUCUUCAUCAUCCCUUGCUCUAGAGUUGGACACGUUUUCCGGAAAAGGAGACCAUAUGGCUCUCCAGAGGGCCAGGACACCAUGACACACAACUCCCUGCGGCUGGCACAUGUCUGGUUGGAUGAGUAUAAGGUGAGAUUAAAUCUCUCACCGAGAAGGAUGGAUGAUAAGGAGCAGUAUUUUUCCUUAAGACCUGAUCUGAGAACCAGAAGCUAUGGAAAUAUCAGUGAGCGCGUUGAGUUGAGGAAGAAGUUGAAUUGUAAAUCAUUUAAAUGGUAUUUGGAUAAUAUUUACCCAGAGAUGCAGAUAUCUGGGUCCAAUGCCAAACCCCAGCAACCCAUUUUUAUCAAUAGAGGGCCAAAACGCCCCAAAGUCCUCCAACGUGGAAGGCUCUAUCACCUCCAGACCCACAAGUGUCUGGCAGCCCAGGGCCGCCCAAGUCAGAAAGGAGGCCUAGUAGUGCUUAAGGCAUGUGACUACAGUGACCCAAAUCAGAUUUGGAUUUAUAAUGAAGAGCACGAAUUGGUUUUAAACAAUCUCCUUUGCCUGGAUAUGUCAGAGACUCGCUCAUCAGACCCCCCCCGACUCAUGAAAUGCCACGGGUCAGGAGGAUCCCAGCAGUGGACCUUUGGGAGGAAUAAUCGGCUGUACCAGGUGUCGGUUGGACAGUGCCUGAGAGCGGUCGAUCCACUGAGUCGCAGAGGCUUUGUCGCCAUGGCCAUCUGUGAUGGCUCCUCGUCACAGCAGUGGCAUUUGGAAGGUUAGGGUGGACGCUGUGGCUGGAACGGCGAUUUGUCACGCUUGUCCUCAACACGGAGACGCCUGGGACCCUAGCAGAGGUGAGACAGCAGCCACAGUAGAGGUCACAGCCCCGAGGGACCAUCGGGAGGUGAAGAAGUAUGGUUCACCAAGAGGUUCAGGUCAUUUCUCAACUGCUGUUAAGGAAUUUCUUACUUACGGUAGGAAACCAGAAUGCAGUAUUAACUCUCUAAAGAGUCAGGUUUGUAUAGACGGAUAAAGCCCAGGAAAUUGACAUGUCUAUUCAAAUUUAUUUAUGCUUCCUUUUAAUCCCCUUAAAUAAUGGAGUGGCGUUUAUCUGAUCAGGAACUUGUCAUGAUUUCCUUUCUUAGAAGAUUUUGUAGAUGACAGUUAAUUUUUUUUAAAUUUCUAAUACCAUGUUCUAAAUAGUUUUAAAUAAACUGAUUGAAUCCACAUUACGUUUAACUUCAGAAGGCAUCAUUUAUAAGAUUAUAUUUAAGAGAGUUAACUAUUAUAAAUUAUUUUGAUGAAUUAUGGUACUAUAUACAUUUACAAUAAAGGAUCCUUUUAAUUAUC